GUUUCCCGUUUUUCGUCGGUCAUGGGGGAUGUAAAAUAUGGCACAUUGCAUGGAGUCUGUAACGCUGUGUUUAAAAAGCGCAAAUUAAUCUGAGGUGCGACCGCGCAGAAAACAAACCCUACUGCUGCGUGCGCGAACGCGCUUAAAUUGUAUAGGCGGUCAGUAAUUCCUCGAGCACGACACGAAUAAAAAACCCAGCUGAAACGUGUGUUUGUCUUCCGCGUCUUCUAUUUGGGACAGUAGGUGAUAUUCGGUUGCGCAUUGGACACAGGGUGAAUUUUACUUCGCUCUGCCCGCCAUCCAUCAUAAAACCGUAUUUUUAAGAAUAGUUGUGAAUUGACUGCAAAAAACUACAUUGGGCCAGGGAUUUCAUAGUAGCCAACACCGACUGUGGAUUUUGUCACAUUGGCAUACAAUGACAACUUCCAUCCGUACAAAGACAGAUCCUUUGGAUUCCACUGAUCCCCAGGUUCUGGACUAUAUGCUGGUUCCUCACCGGAACUUCAACCUGAUCAAUGGGGUCCACUCUCCCGACGAGGUCGACCAAAUCCAGAACUGGGAGAUCCGAGACUCAGACAUAUUCGCCGUCACUUAUCCCAAGUCAGGGACGAUCUGGAUGCAGCAGAUUCUGACUCUGAUAGAAGCCAAAGGUGACGUCACUCCAAACACAGAGCAUCUCAACACGCAGCGCGUCCCAUGGAUCGAGCUGAUUGGCAGUGAGAAGGAGUUUAACGCCACCCCUUCCCCCAGGCUACAGGUCACCCACCUGCAGUACAAGUUCAUGCCUCUCGCCAUCAGACAAAAGAGGGGAAAGGUGAUCUAUGUGGCCAGAAACCCUAAGGAUGUUCUCGUGUCCUAUUACCACUUCCACAAAUAUGCAGCCACGCUGGAGACACCGAAGGACUUCAAUGAUUUCUUUGAGAAAUUCAUGGAAGGGAAAGGUAAGUAGAAUGUGUGCCUUUGGUCCUGUUAAGGACUAUGAAUAUCGUACAUGA